AAUUAAUUAUCUCACAUCUCGGAAAAUAUUUGUAAUGUUGUACUUCUUGUUGACGGAAUUCAUACUACUGUUGGGUUUUUGAGCUUGUCCGAGAAUCGCCCAGAAUGCACCGCGCGGCCACUGACGACGCAUUGACGAGUUCAACGGCGUUUCCCAUCUCCUCCAAAGUAUCUGUUAUAAUUGACACCUAUCCAUCUGUUGUGUGAGUGUGCAUGGAAAUGGUUAACCGGAUGGUAACAGCGGGUAACUCGGUAACUACAGACGCCACGGGAGCCCGCCCAGGGUACAUAAACAUAGGCGUUGCUGGUCCUGCAGGUGUGCUAGGCUAGCUAUGUAGCUAUAAAUGAUCUGAUGGGAGCUGCAUUGCCACGAUACUUUAGUUUUGAUCGAUAAUUGGAUAUUAGAGACUAGUACAAAUCACCCACAACACGUCUGCAGUAUGAAGCUAACACGGAAGUUGGUCCUGGCCAAAGCCAAGGCCUCGGAUCUGGACAGUGUCAAGAAACUCAACUGCUGGGGCUGCAACUUGACAGACAUCUCCAUCUUUACCCAGAUACCCCACAUUGAGGUCCUGACUCUCAGUGUGAACUCCAUCUUGUCCCUGUCAUCUCUGUCGGGGUGUGUGUGUCUGAGUGAGUUGUACCUCAGACGGAACCUCAUCCCUUCUCUCUCAGAGCUCUCCCAUCUCCGCCCCCUCACACGCCUACGAGUGCUCUGGUUGGCUGAGAACCCCUGCUGCGGAACAGACCCCAGCCAAUACCGUCUCAACGUGCUGCGAAGCCUGCCACACCUACACAAACUGGACAACCAGGUGGUGACAGAGGAGGAGCUUGCUCUCGCUCGAAAGGAGGGAGAGGAGAUAACCACACCCCCUGCCGCCGCCCAGAACCAGUUUUCGACCAGUGGCCAGCCAGAGAACAUCAGCUCCACCAAUGGACAGACAGAGGCGGAGUCAGAGAACGACCCCCUCAACUACAGUAUGGAGGAGACCAAUAAGAUCCGGGAGCAGUUGGGGAUGAAGCCUAUUCCUAGGGACAAGUUCCCCUCCCUCUCCUCCCAAUCACCUCGACCUGCAGCUAGGAAGUCCCACACUCUGGAGGCAGUGCUGAUGCUGUUGGAAGAUCUGGAGGAGGAGGAGCUACGCAUCGUUCACACGGCAACCCAAAACAGACAGCUCCGAGCACACACACACCUCAAGCUUACACACACACAACCUGAGCUUACACACACACUGCAGGGAGAUAGAACCAUCGACACACACACACUGACAAUCUGCAGGGAGAGAACGCCCGACGUCGAGGGCUGACACACACACACACACCUAUCGACUUAACACUAACACACAAUACUGAGGUAGACACACAAGUCACGUUUGUGGUCAGCGACCAGAGGGAGACAUGCUCCCCCUAGGGACAGAUCUAGGAUCAGCUUCCCCUUCCCCAAUCCCAACCCUAACCAUUACUGGGGGAAAUGCAAAACAGACCGAAGGUCAGCGUCUAGGGUCUUCACCCUACUCACCACACACACACACACCCAACCUUAGUACACACACGCUUCAGUAUUGUUGGGACAGCACGAGGAGCCUGAAGGGAGAAGUUGCAGCUAAUCUUUGUUGCUAUCUAUUCUCUGCUAGCAUGUUGCUAUCUAUUCUCUGCUAGCACGUUGCUAUCUAUUCUCUGCUAGCACGUUGCUAUCUAUUCUCUGCUAGCACGUUGCUAUCUAUUUCUCUGCUAGCACGUUGCUAUCUAUUCUCUGCUAGCACGUUGCUAUCUAUUCUCUGCUAGCACGUUGCUAUC